AUGGCAGCAUCAAGAUAUAUAUAUUCAACAUCACCAGUUUCAACUACCAUUAGAAAUAACCUAACCAAGCAUUUUUUCCUUUUUACCUUGUUACUUUCCACAGAUGGUCCAUGGAUGUUUUACUUCAAUGUCAAGUUCUACCCUCCCGACCCCGCCCAGCUCAAAGAAGACGUGACCAGAUAUUUCUUGUGCCUGCAACUGCGCGAUGACAUCCUGAAGGGUAAGCUGCCCUGUUCCUUGGUCACGCACGCCCUCCUGGGUUCCUACGUGGUGCAGGGAGAGCUCGGUGACUACGACCCGGAGAAACACGGCAUUGACGUCAACUACCUGAAGGAGUUCCGCUUUGCUCCCAACCAGGCCCAAGAGCUGGAAGAGAAAGUCAUGGAGCUGCACAAGACUCACAAGGGACAGACACCGUCCGAGGCCGACUUGCACUUUCUGGAAAAUGCAAAGAAACUUGCGAUGUACGGAGUGGACCUCCACCAUGCUAGGGAUUCGGAAGGCGUUGACAUCAUGCUUGGAGUGUGCGCUAACGGGCUUCUCAUCUACCGCGAUCGCCUGAGAAUAAACCGCUUCGCUUGGCCCAAGAUCCUGAAAAUCUCCUACAAGAGGAACAACUUCUACAUCAAGAUCAGACCAGGAGAGUUUGAGCAUUUUGAGAGUACUAUUGGCUUCAAGCUGGCCAAUCAUCGAGCAGCCAAACGCCUUUGGAAGGUCUGCGUGGAGCACCACACCUUCUUCAGACUGGUCUCGCCCGAGCCGCCACCCAAGAGAGCACUCUUCCGUCUAGGCUCCAAAUUCCGCUACAGUGGCCGUACGCAGUUCCAGACUCGUCAGGCUAGCUCCACCAUCGACCGGGACAACCCACGGUUCAACCGUGCGCUGAGCGGCCGACUGUCUAGGAGCAUGGAUGGAGGUUAUGGCGGGCCUAUCGACAGGGAGGAGCGUCCGGACGAAGUCAUCCUAGCCUCCAAAGCUAGACAUGAGGAAUCGGAGCGCCCUCGCAGUCAGUUUGAGCAGAACCUGGAGUUCGCCGACAACAACGAAGACGAACAGAAGUCCCAGGAUCACGACAUUACGUCCGACGAAGGUGAUUACGACGGCGUCGAUCCGGAGAUGGCCGAGAAAUUUGAGGAGAUCAAGAUGUCCUACUUUUCGAGAUCAGCCGAUGACGUCGCUGCGAGCAAGCCAGAGGAGGAACAACAGCAAUUCACCGGCCCUGACGACGAGGAUUUCGAGAUGCAGCCGGGCCAGACUAGGUACCAGACCACGACCACUACCACCACCACCAAGACUAUGUACAAAGUGGAGAGAACCGGGGACGAGCCCGGUCAGCUUCUGGAAGGGGAACCUGUCCUAUUAGAGCCGUCGAUGGAGGAGGCCCCUACCACCGUCACCACUAACGUCAACACGUUCGUUAGCGUCAGCCCAGAAACCUAUCAAGAGCCUCCUCCGCAGCCUGUGGUUGAAGGAGACGUCGCCGUCAUGAAACGUCUUGACGACUACUCUGAGCCCCCAGCUGAAGACGAUGAAAUGGUAGCCGCCGCCGCCUCCGAAGGCGAAGAACCCUACGUCAAGACGGCGACCAUCGUCCAGCAAGGCGGUCCCGACGAGAACUCGCAGUUCACCCACGACGUGCCCUACGUCCAGACCGAGAACACGACCAUCACGUACGAGCGGGAGGAGCCGGAUAAUAGCCUAGACGACUCAGGCAUGUUGGUGAGCGCUCAGACAUUGACAAGCGAGGGCCAUACCACCACCACCACCACACACAUUACGCGGACCGUGAAGGGUGACGUGACAGAAACCCGCGUGGAGAAGAAGAUCAUCAUCCAAGGCGAUGCAGACAUCAACAAGGAUGAGCUGCUGGCCCAGGCCAUUGCUGAAGAACAGAGGGAAAACCCCGACUUCAAAAUCACGAAGGUCGUCAUCCACAAAGAAGGGGAGGAGACUAACGGGGAUGUGGAAUAGAUGCCUAGAAUUAGAUAAAUAUAAGUGCUAACGAGUGAAUGGACAGCUGUUGGACACCCUCUUUCCUUCCUUCAAGGUGCAUUCAAGUCCGACCUGAUGUGCCAUUCAGCACUCACUAAAAACCACUUUUUACCAAGUAUGUCAAGUUAUUGAAACUGUAGAAACUUGUAUACACACUUAUUACGAGCUUAAUAUCAUGUGCUGUAGUACUGUUUAUUAAAACAAGGCGCUUGCCAGGUUUUAGAUAUCUGUUUAUUAUUCAAUCAUGUUUUUAUUUUUUAAUUUUGAAGAAAGAAAAAAAAAAUGGGAAAUCUGGUGAUUUUUAAAUGUGGAAAUUUUUACUGAGUGUACAAUUUGAAGCGGUGGCAUUUUCAUUGAUUUUUUUGUUCUUCUUACUUUCUUUGAAUGAUUGUGUAAAUGGCAUGGAUUGGUUUAAUGCAGAGCGAUCAGAGCUUUAAUUAAAAAAAAAAGUAGAAUGGGAGUUUUUCGUUCUUCUUCCCUUUUUGUUACCAAAGAUGUGGCGGUCGACAGCAGUUUGAUUUAGCCAAAACAUUUUUUGGGGCUUUUACGCUUUUUUCCUAAGUAUCUUAUCAACUUUCCAACAUUUAUGCUUUUCCAGGCAAAUUUGGUCAGUUGAUGAGACAAAUAAUAACCUAAAAAACAUUAGUUUGAUCUCCCAUUGUUAAGUUUACUGACCCGAGACCUAUUUUGUGCUGUUAAUACUUGGCUAUAUUUUUUACUUUUUUUUGGUAAAAGUAGGGGGUCACUGACAUUUUUUGGACGCGUUAUUAAAAAGAAUUGCCGCUGAUUUGGUUCAGAUUUUUCUGUGUGUUGGAAAGUUUGAAUGUAGACGUAGCCGUCACGACUGAACUGCAAAAUGCCGAAAUGUAGUGUGAAACUUUACAAAACACAAAUUUGACAAAAGCGCUUUGGAAAAUGCAAAACGAAUUCAAAACCUGAUCAUAAUUCUCUCUGAACUGAGGUCGUAAUUAUUGUAGAAAAUUGCUGAAUAUGUGCAGUAUAUGUCCCAGAUCGGGCAUACGUAGUUUAACUACAGCAUAUUCUAUAAAUAAAUGAUUCUUGCUUUUUAAUCGAGUAGACGUCGUAGUGUUUAGAAAAAUAAAUAAUAAAUUGAUCAAUAAUUGUAACGAUCAUCCUGUCCUCGCCGAAUUUCAGGCGAAACGGGAACAACUUCUUGUAAUUAUUAACUAAAAAAUGCGUAGCAUGUUUGUUAUGCCCUGUAGUUAAUGUUGUUGCUUGUAAUAGUGAAGUUUAAAUGUUAAACAGUACUUUUUUUUCUGAACGAGAGGGCGAUUUUGGAGAGGACGUUUGUAUAAUUCGGCUUUGUUAGAAUGCAAUGAAAAAGUUUGUAAUACACUUUCUGUAGUCCAAGCGAGAAUUGGAAGGGAAAAAAAUUAACAUUUUAUCCUUGUUUACUUUUCCAUUCAUUUAAAAAAAAAUCCUGGCAUGUUUUCUCUUGUUUAUAUAGCGCUUUUAUCCACAAAGGCCUUCAAUAUUCAUGCCAUAAAAGUAGUUUUCAAAACACCGACAAUUAAUUUUAUACGUGAUUCGCUCAGUAGUUUCAGAGCAUCUGUAGUUUCAAACCACUAUUCAGCUGAUUUGAAUUUGGUUCAGUUUUAGCAAUUAAAACGGUUGUUUUGUUUUACGUUAUUUUAUUUUUAUUCCAAUCACUGCACGAAAAUAAUUGUUGGUUUUCAGGCUUGCAAACUAGAUGUCAGAAAAAGAAAAACGGCGAGUAAAGAUUGUAGCACAUUUUAACCAUUUAGUUAUUUUCUGUUUCUACCUUUUUUUUUAAGACACCUAUGUUUUUUUGGUAGAUGGAUUUUUCAUUUAACAAAACGGAAAUGUUGGACAUUUAACAGUUGAAAAUGAAUCCCCGAUACGCCUCCAAUCUUAUGUACAUAUUUGUCUGAAAUAAUCAAAAAAUCAUAAACAAAAUGAAAAGUGUCAACUUGUUUUUUGCAAGCGUAUAUCCGUGGGCAUUAGGAAUGGCAACGGUUGUUGAAUUGGACAAAAUCCUUCAUCUUGGCUUCCAUGCCAUCAACAAAUGCCUUAUUCAGACUGGUAAACGUUCUGUUGUUUUGUUGUUUCUUAGUCACAGUUUUACACGCUAAAACAGUCAUCCGUUGAUCAGCAUAUUCCAUACACUUAAAUUGAAUCAUACGCUUCAUUGGAAAAAUAUUUCCAUAUAUAUGUAAGCAACAAAUCAAUAUCAUGCACGGACCCAGAAUAUCCAUAUUUGAUCCAGCCAGACAUUUUCAGAGAACGGCAUUCGCUUGAUUUCUAACGCGAUAAAAAGGUUUUAUUAUUCAAAAGCCUGAAAUUGUGGACAUUUUUGUAAAGAUGCUGUCAGAUCAACUGGAGUGUCACAAUGAUAUUGGUGACUCUAUGACGGUGAUGGGGUUCAAAUUUUGGAUGUUUUACAUUGUCUGAAUCUGUACUAGACAUACUAUAGAUGGAGGUUUUUCGGCAGAAUGUGGUUCUUAAAACACUAAGAGUGCGCUGUUUGUACUAUGAAAAAGUUACUCAGAAUUGCUUUUUGUGUGAAAUUCAUUUCUGGGCCAAUGUGCAUAGGCUCAGAAAUGAUUUCCACAAAAAGCACCUAGAAGUUAGAAUUGAAUUUCAGACUUGAAUUCUACUGGGUGUGGAAACAGCGCCCCCAAGUGUCCAUCAUCUGCCAGUGUGUACCGGUGUAGCAUUAAAUUUGGACUCUUGUGGAACAUGAAAAAGUGAAGAUAACUCAGUGACAGCUAGCGGUUGAGGGGUUUAGAGGCCAUAUAAGGUAAAAGAGAUCAGAUUUUAUAAGAGCCCAAUUUCAUGUGACACCGGUUUUAUUAUGCAAUAGUUGGGAUAGGUACGACAGUUCACCACAAGUAAUGUGAAUUUAUAAAUGUGUUGCUGUGUUCAUAUGAAAAAAACAAUGUGAGUGGAUUAUUUUGUGAUUGUUCAAAUUUUGUGGAACAUUAAAAUAAUAAAAAAAAGCCCAAUAAAACUAUCCUACUUGAAUCUACAAAAAU